AUGGACAAUUACCCUCAGCUCGUGUUCUCCGCCGCCGCGUUUAACGCGUCGCUCGCGGACGAACUCCCGCGCGGCGUCGGGAUCGCGGGCGCGCGCAGGGACUUCGUCGCGCUCGCGGUGAUGAUGGGGAACGACUACCUGCCCGGGUCGAGAUUCGGGGUGAAGUACUCGUGGCGCGCGUACAGGCAGCUGCGCACGGGCGAGCCCGGACCGUGGAUCACGGUGGACGAGGAGGAGGAGCUCCUCGAUCCCGCGGAUGGCGACGGCGUAGACGUCGCGAUCCCCUCGAGCUCGAACCACUCCGUCGCGAAGGACGUUGCGUGGGGGAAGUACAGAGACACGCCUCUGUUCCCCUCGCCGACGGAGCGGGACCUGAGCGAGGACGUGUAUCGGUGGGGGGACGGGCACGCGCGGGGCGCGGCGUUCACGGCGGGGAAGAUGGCGUUUCGACACCCGCCGCCCGUGCACUGGGAGAUGUUGCGGGACUUUUCAAAGGUGUUAUCCGACCCGGAGUACGUGAAGCGGCAAGUGCACGACGGUUUACGGCCCAGGGCGGACGUGCAGAGGUCCGUGAACGCCGCCGCGGCGCUCGUCGCGUGGUUCGGAGACGACGACGACGACGACGACGACGCGGGAGACGACGACGACGACGACGACGAAGACGAAGACGACGAUGACGCGGCGUCUUCCUCCUCCUCCGCGGUGAAAGCGGCCGUCGUCGAGCCGCGCGUUGCGAACGUCGCGGGCGUCGGCGGCGUCCUCCGCGCGAGCGCGGACCCGCAGCAGAGCACGCGACGCGCGUACGAGUACGUCCAAGCCGUCGGCUGGGUCUUGGAGAUGUACUACGCCGGCGCGUGCCUCGACUACGGGUACAACUUCGUCUACCCCACGACGGAUUCGAAGAGCGACAUGAGCGAGGCGGACUUGAACGAGGCGACGAAGGCGACGUUGGCGGCCGCGGCGGCGGCCGCGAAGGUCGCGCCCGGAGGAGGGGGCGGCAACAGCGCGAACAACGGCAACAACAGCGGGAACAACGCCGCCAACGCCAACCCGGGCGGCCGGACGCAACUGCCGCCCGUGCAUCCCGUGGACGUCGCGGAUUUCAUCUCGAUCCCGCUCACGUACGACCCGACGCUUGACCCUCUCCGCGACCCCGAGCGCGCGUCGAUCGCGUACCUGAACCGGUUCCCGAUCACCCCGCUGGCGUACUCGCUCGCCGUCAUUCCGAGAGGAGGACGGAGCUUGCUCGCGCGGGGCGUUCGGCCGCUCGUCGAUCCGGGGAGCCCGGUGUAUCACCUGUUCCGCGACGACUACUGCGUGACGUGCAUCAAGCACCGGAUCACCGCGGGGCCGCUCGAGCGCGUGAUUCAGAGAGAGGCGGAAGGCGGCGGCGGCGGCGGCGGCCCUGGCGGGAUCAUGAAGCCGAGGUCGGGGAUGGACAAGGACCGCAUCGGGAGCAGGGCGGAGAAGGUGCUGCUCGCGAAAAAGUUUGCCGGCGGCGACGAAGAGAUUCGCAAAGCCGCGCGCGCGGGCGGCGACGUCGCGAAAGAGUUUCUCCGAAAACUCAACCGCCGCCACCUCACGCACAUGAGCACCGCGCGGCAGCACGAGCAAGACAAGCCGCCGCCGCCUCUGAACGACCUCGAGGGCGCGGUGGCGCGAGCGUCAAUCGACGGCGCGCUCUCCGAAGACGAGGAGACGAUUCGAACGCUCGCGGACCAGCCGGUGCUGAUCUGGCACCAUGGUCCCAGCUCGGACCCGCCGGGCUUGGACUCGAGCGCGCUGACGGCCGAGGACGACAUCCCGGCGUGGGCGACGACGGUCGCGCCGCCGGGGUGCCGUCACGUCGGGAAGCUCAUGCGAGAGAUUCGGAGGUACGACGGCGACGCGAGCGCGGUGGUGAGUCGAUGGGCGGUUGGCGGCGAACGCGCGCCCGCGCCUCGAGACGUUGGGGGGGGGGGAGGGAGAGGCGGCGGCGGACGCGGCGGCCAGCGAGACGGCGGCGGCGGGAGGGGCGCAAACACCGCCAACGGACAGGGCGGCGGACAGCGCGGUCGCGGCGGCGGGAGAGGCGGCGGGCGGGCGCGCGGUUGGAGGCAGCCCGCGCCCGCCGGCGCCGCGAGAGGAAAGGAAAAGGAAAAGGAAAAUGCGGCGGGGAUCGAGACGCCCGCGAACGCGGCGGGCGAGGCCGCGGCGAGGCCGCCGCCCGCGCGCGCGAACAGAGUCGCGCGGUUCAGAGGCGGGCGCGGGGGCAAUCGCGCGCACGGCGGCGGCGGCGGCGGCGGCGGCGGCGAACGCGGGUCCUCCGCGAAAGUUCGCGCGUUUCCCUCGAUCUCGGCGGCGACGGCGGCGCGGGUCGCGUUCGCGUUUUUGUAG